AUGCUGUUAAUGGUCAUUGUAGGUUCAUCUAACUUGGUAGGUCAGAAACUCUAUCUGCAUAGUAAGUAAGUGUAUAAGAAUAGGGGAAAUGCUGCAAAUCUAACUUUAUAAGUGUAUAAAAAUAAGACCAAGAUUUUUUAGCAGAUUAUCAAGGCAGAAUAAAGAAGUAAAAUAAGUUCUCGCUUGUCCAUCAAUUAUCCUUUCAACAACCAAAAGUCCCAUAGCAAUGAGAAGAAACAUAAAAACAUAAGUUGGUGCUUUCCCAAAAAGAAGUGGAUUUUGGUCUUUUUUGUUACAACUUCAAAUGCUUUAAGUAAUAAAUAAAGAACUAUGCAGAGUCUUAAAAUUUAGAGAAUAACUUAAACAAAAUUAGUCAAAAUGAAAUUACCUAAAUUUCACAUCACAUUUGACAAUAUGUUCACAAUUACCAAGAGAAGGCCGACAGGUAAUAGUAGAGCUAAAGAUACUGUUUAUCCAGAGGCUCCUUUAUGA